GCACAGAGACGCAGUGGGCUGAGUGAUCCUCCUCCGAGCGUGGGGCUUCAGAAAGCUCACCCUCUCCCCGGCCCCCAGGGAGCAAUCUGCAGCGCGGAGCGAUGGACUCCUCCUGGCUGGAGACACGCUGGGCGCGGCCCUUUCACCUGGCGUUCGUGUUCUGUCUGGCCCUGGGGCUGCUGCAGGCCAUCAAGCUCUACCUGCGGAGGCAGCGGCUGCUGAGAGACCUGCGCGCCUUCCCCGGGCCCUCCACCCACUGGUUCUACGGGCACCAGAAGUUAAUUCAGGAUGGUAAAUUGGAAAAACUUGAAGAGCUUGUCGAAAAAUACCCGCGUGCCUUUCCUUUCUGGGUUGGGCCCUUUCAGGCAUUUUUCUAUAUCUAUGACCCGGACUAUGCAAAGACAUUUCUGAGCAGAACAGAUCCCAAGUCCAAGUACCUGUGCAAGUUCUUGGUUCCAUGUCUUGGAGAAGGACUACUGAAUCUAAAUGGACCCAAGUGGUUCCAGCACCGACGCCUAAUAACUCCUGUAUUCAAUUUUAACAUCUUGAGAUCGUACAUCAAGGUCAUGGCCCAUUCUGUGAAUAUAAUGCUGGGUAAGUGGGAGAAGAUUUGCGGCACUCAGGACACACUUGUGGAGGUCUUUGGGCACAUCCGUUUGAUGACCCUGGACACACUUAUGAAAUGUAUUUUCAGCCAGGAGACCAACUGCCAAAUAAACAGCACCGAUGAUCAUUAUGUAAAAGCAAUGUCUGAAGCCAGCAAAAUCAACUUUUCCCAUUUGUACGGUUUCUUACUUCACCAUGACAUAAUUUUCAAAUUCAGCCCCGACGGCCACCGCUUACAGGAGUUAAGCAAAAUUCUGCAUCAGUACGCAGACCAGAUAAUCCAAGAUAGAAAGAACUCCCUCAAGGACGAGAAGAAGCAGUGUAACACUCAGAAGAAGUACCAGGAUUUUCUGGAUAUUGUCCUUUCUGCCCAGGGUGAAAAUGGUGACAGCUUCUCAGACACUGAGCUACGGUCUGAGGUGAACACAUUCAUGGUGGCAGGGCAAGACACCAUGGGAGGGAGCAUUUCUUGGCUCCUCUACCACCUGGCUCAGAACCCUGAGCAUCAGGAGAAAUGCCGGGAGGAGAUCAGGAGCAUCCUGGGGGAUGGGUCGUCCAUCACCUGGGACCAGCUGGGUGAGAUGUCAUACACCACAAUGUGUAUCAAGGAGUCUCUCCGAUUGAUCCCUACGGCCUUAUCCAUUUCCAGAGAACUCAGCAAGCCCAUUACCUUCCCAGAUGGACACUCCUUGCCUGCAGGAAUAACGGUGGUUCUCAGUAUAUGGGGUCUUCACCACAACCCUGCCAUCUGGGAAAACCCAAAGGUCUUUGACCCCUUGAGGUUCUCUCAAGAGAAUGCUAAUCAGAGACACUCUCACUCCUUCUUACCAUUCUCAGCUGGACCAAGGAACUGCAUCGGGCAGCACUUUGCCAUGAUUAAGUUAAAGGUGACCAUCGCUUUGAUUUUGCUUCGCUUCAGGUUGACUCCAGACCCCACCAGGCCUCUCUCCCUCUUGCCCCAGGUUAUCCUCAAACCCAAGAAUGGGGUCCACUUAUACCUGAAAAAGCUUUCCUAAUAUUAGAGCCCGUGGUACAACGAUUAUAUAUUUUUUGUUUUUAAAGUUAAAUUACAACUAAUAGUCCAAGAAAAUGAAGAGGAAUCAAAGCAUGGUGGGAGGAUUAGGAGUACAUGGGAUGGGGGUCUCUGUAGAACUGCAUAUUAUUCAAAAACAUUUCUAGGGGACCUAGAUCUGUGUCACCUCGACCUGUUUCAGUAUGAGUUUGGGAGAUUUUCAGAUCUUUUCUCUUUGAUUUUGGCUACUAUUAACGCUAUAUACCAAGAAGUUUGCUAGGUGAUUUCCAUAUAUGUCCUGUUGUUUUUAACAAUGCUUUUCAGAAUUACACAGCAGUAGGUGAAUGUAUUCUCAGUAGAAAAGAUUUCUAAUGCUAGGAAAGCAUGCAGAGUAAAAGGUAAAAAUCCCAUUUCAUGUAGCACAGCCCUCCCUGCCCUGACCAAUCAUACUGCUUUUCCUAAAAACAAAGUAGUUUGGUGUGCAUUCUUUCAGACUUUUUCGUGUAUGUUUCAUAUGUAUAUAUGUAUGUAUUUGUUCUUAGCAAAUUACAAUCAUACAAUACAGUGAUAUCAACUAUAGUUGCCAUAUGUUACAUCGUAUCCUCAUAGCAGAAACAAUUCUGUGAGCAACUCCACAUAUCCAUAUGGAUGUGGAUCAUUUCCAUAUUGUUCUAGCUUUUUUCACUUAUAAAAAUACAUCUCGACAGUCCACAACUGACCACCACUGAGCAGAUCAGAUUCACUCCUCGCUGCCUUGCUCCGCUUCCUCUGCAACCAUGUCUGAUAAACCCGAUAUGGCUGAGAUUGAGAAAUUCGAUAAGUCGCAAGAAAAGAACCCAUGAUCAUCAGAAGAAAUGAUUGAACAGGAGAAGCAAGCAGGUGAAUCGUGAUGAGGCACGCACUGCCAAUAUGCACUGUACAUUCCACAAGCAUUGCCUUCUUAUUUUACUUCUUUUAGCUGUUUAACUUUGUAGGAUGCAAAGAGGUUGGAUCAGGUUUAAAUGAUUGUGCUGCCCCUUUUUCACAUCCAAGAACUACUGACAACGAAGGCCGCACCUGCCUCUCCCACCUGCCUGUCUGGCUGGCAGAGAAGGAAAAGAACUUAUUGGGGAAGGCAGAAGCUGGUGGGAUAACACUGAAAUCUGGAGUGAAAACCAAGCUGGUCCAAGGUGUCCUGCAGGCUGUAAAAUGCA